AGUUCUCUUCUUCUUUCUGUAUUUUCCCUCCUCGUUGGUGGUUUUCCUUCUCCAUUUUCUCGUCUCCCAAACACUGAAUCCUUCAACAUGUCCGAUCUCGGCGACGAUCUACCCGCUGCUGCUGCCGCUCUUAGUGCUGAGGAUCGUGCUGGUCUCGUGAAUGCACUCAAGGAUAAGCUUCAACUCUUGGCUGGGCAGCAUGUGGACAUCCUGGAGACACUGUCACCCAUAGUCAGGCAACGAGUGGAGGUUCUCAGAGACCUGCAGAGCCAACAUGAUGAGUUGGAAGCUAAGUUUUUAGAGGAGCGAGCACAGUUGGAAUCUAAAUACCAGAAGCUUUAUGAACCUCUUUACACAAAGAGGUUUGAGAUUGUCAAUGGCGUGGUUGAGGUUGAAGGAAUUACAAAUGAAACAGUACUGGAAGAAGAAAACAAAGCUGUAGAAGAGAAAGGAGUGCCUGACUUCUGGCUAACUGCGCUGAAGACCAAUGAAAUACUUGCGGAAGAGAUCACUGAACGGGAUGAAGGGGCCCUCAAGUAUCUUAAAGAUAUUAAGUGGUGUAGAAUUGACAAUCCUAAGGGCUUCAAGCUGGAGUUUUAUUUUGAUUCUAAUCCUUAUUUCAAAAAUUCUGUGCUAACAAAAACAUAUCACAUGAUUGACGAUGAUGACCCUAUAUUAGAGAAAGCAAUCGGAACGGAGAUUGAGUGGCAUCCAGGAAAGUGCUUGACACAAAAGAUUCUUAAGAAGAAGCCAAGGAAAGGAUCAAAGAAUGCUAAACCCAUCACAAAAACAGAAAAAUGUGAAAGUUUCUUCAACUUUUUCAACCCUCCUCAAGUCCCUGAGGAUGAUGAUGAUAUUGAUGAUGAUGUUGUUGAAGAGCUCCAGAAUUUGAUGGAACAUGAUUACGACAUUGGUUCUACAAUCCGGGACAAAAUUAUUCCUCAUGCUGUAUCAUGGUUCACGGGGGAGGCUGCUCAGAGUGAUCCUGAGGAUAUAGAAGAAGAUGAAAAUGAUGAGGAUGAGGAUGAGGAUGGGGAUGGUGAUGAGGAUGAGGAUGAGGAUGAGGAUGAUGAUGAUGAUGAUGAAGAUGAUGAGGACGAUGAGGUAGAGGAAGGGAAGAGCAAGAGUAAGAGGGGUGGCAGGACCCAACCUGGUAAAGAGCAGCUGACGGAGCGCCCUCCUGAAUGCAAACAGCAGUAGUGUUUAGUUGCGUGCAACAGACCUGAAUAUAUUUAGUGUCAGCGGAGUAAUUACUAUGUAGGCUCUGGGUUAUUUCAGUCAUAAGCUGCAAUUUGAAAUUUAUUGUCUAGUCUUUGUUUUUGUUUUUGUUUUGUUAAUUUGUUAGGUCUCUGCUUGGGUUUCCCGGGUGUCUUUAGGUUGCCCUGUGAUAUGGAUUUUAUUUCUUUCUUUUUUUAAAAAAAGAAAAGAGUGUUGAGUAUAUUUGUGUCAUUGUCCAUAUUUACUGUGUGUCUGUAUUAUAUGAAACUGUACAGAACCUACUUACAUUGCUCUGCUUUUUCUACCAAAUUAUUCAAAUUUUGUGAAU